CACUACACACGGACCUUACCCUAAUCUCCUAAACACAUCGCCAUCAAACCAAUUCUUAUCGUCUCCACCAAAGAUGCAGUGAUCUCCACCAACGUCUCCCACCGAAGGUCCACGGCUGCCGACCUCCCCCACCGAAGACGUCCCAUCAUCAAACCAAAGAAGAUCGAAAAAUCCUUAAGAGCUCAGGGCCUGAAAGGAAACUCCUACAGAUUCCUCUUUGGAGACCUGAAAGAGAUGACACAGAUGUCUUAGCGCCUAUGGGUUUACUUCUCCCUCUCUCUCUCGCCUCUCUUUCUCUCUCUCGCCUCUCUUUCUCUCUCUCGAUCGCCAUCAGAAUGAAAUGGAAACCCUAAUUUCAAAUCCCUCCAGCGAGGUAUGAAACGGUUGUCGAUCUUCUGUUAUAAUUGGAGAUCCGCUUGGAAGAAACGAGAUGAAAAAGAUAGUUGAGCGUUUGAUGGAUCUAAAAGCUUUAUUACGUGAAAACGAUUACCAGAUUGUUUAAACUGUAAAUGAAUGAUGAUAGAUUGGGCAAGGGACCUAUAGCAAUGUAUAUAAAGCGAGGGAUUUAAUAACAGGGAAGAUAGUUCCUUUCAAGAAAGUUAGAUUUGAUAAUUUAGAGCCACAAAGUGUGAAGUUCAUGGCAAGAGAGAUUCUUAUACUGAAGAAGCUAAAUCAUCCUAAUAUUAUUAAGCUUGAAUGAUUGGUGACAUCAAGAAUGUCUUGUAGUCUCUACCUUGUGUUUGAAUACAUGGAACAUGAUCUCUCUGGCCUUUCUGCCAUCCAAGGUGUCAAGUUUACAGAGCCACAGGUGAAGUGCUAUAUGAAGCAACUACUUUCUGGGCAUGAGCAUUUCCACAAAAACGGUGUGCUACCCCCUGAGCUUCUUCUUGGUGCCUCUUAUUAUGGUGUCAGUGUUGACCUUUGGAGUGCUGGCUGCAUUUUGGCUGAGCUUCUUGCUGGGAAACCCAUACUUCCAGGAAGAACAAAGGUUGAACAACUACACAAGAUUUUUAAAUUAUGUGGCUCUCCAUCAGAUGAAUACUGGAAGAAAUACCGAUUACCAAAUGCAACACUUUUCAAGCCACAACAUCCUUACAGGCGUUGUACAAUAAAAACAUUCAAAGACUUUCCACCUUCUUCUCUACCUUUACUAGAAACUCUUCUUGCAAUCGAUCCUAAGGACAGAGGCACUGUCACUUCCGCCCUUAAUAGCAAUGAGAAGAAUGAGAAGGAAGACGCAGAUAAUAAAGUCGAUGAAGGCAGAUGUGGCGUAAUCUCCCCUGACAACAAAAAAACUAUAAGGCCAUUGAAGCUUAUACCAGAAUUUGAAUUGAACAAGCAAAUGGAAAAUAUGAAGCAAAGAUUGGCUCACCUGAGCUUUGAUCUGAUGAGUUCCAAAGAAAUCAAGGAAAGAGCGAAAGAUGACAUAUUUUAAGCUAAUAAGGACCCAGUUGUUGUCAUCGGUGCAUGUAGAAACCAAGGCCAUCUUUGAUCUCGAAAAGUUAUACCAGUACCGUUAAACCCUAGCGAAGUGUUGGUGUUCAUCGAAGCAACCAUAUCGACUUUGGAGAAAGGGUUUUUUACGUUCUCAUUUUGGGGGUGGGGGGAUUAUGUCAAAAAAUUAGAAACAAAGUGGGAAAUUAAAAGAUGAAAAUGAAAAACAAACUUUGGUGUGGCGAGAAGUUUUUAAUUUUAGGAGAAUUAUGAGUGCUAAAAUGAAAAUAACAAUAAUAUAAUAUUAUAGUGGCACAAAAAAAGAUAUGCCACUAAAAACGAUGAUAUAUAGUGGCCC